UAGGUGUCGGGUUAUUCGGCGGGUGUCCGCCCAUCGCGGGAAGGCAGAAGAGAUCAUGACGUCUGCCAAAGAGCAGGAGGCCAUCAGGAAGCUCAUGAUUUUCCUUCAAGAAUGGGACAAAGCUCACAAAGUUGCUCGAAGCCACAUCCUAGACAACUUCAUUAGAAGCAAUAAUGGCAAGACAGAACCAGAGCUGGAGCUGGAGUUCUCCCAGGGAGCCAGCUUGUUUCUGGCUCGCCUGGCAGCAUGGCUGAGGAUGACCUACAUGUACAGCACGUGCAUCAACAAGCUGCUCAAGUCCAUUGGCAUCUUCUUAUCUGCUGCAAGCGGACGCAGAUACAUUAUUGAAUUUCUGGAGACCGGAGGUGUCUUGAUGCUCCUGGAAAUACUAGGGCUGAACCACCUGAAAGAAGAGGACAAAAGGGAGUCUGUAAAGCUGCUUCAGCUCAUUGCAGAUGCUGGCAGGAAGUACAAGGAGCUCAUUUGUGAAAGCUACGGUGUGCGAUCCCUUGCUGAGCUGUUGGCCACCUGCAGCUCAGCGGAGGCUCAGGAGGAGGUGCAGAUCUUGCUGGCCUCUCUGGGCCGCGGCAACCCCAAGUACCAGAACCAAGUGUACAGCGGGCUGCUGGCAGUGUUGCCACGCGGCUCUCCCCGUGCCCAGCGGCUGGCUCUGCAGACACUGCACAGCAUGCAGGAGCAGCUGGGAGAGACGCCCUCGGCUGUAGUGGCGCCGCUGCUGGCAGUGCUGGGCUCGGCGCACCCCGAAGUGCAGUACGAAGGCACCCAGCUGCUACUCGCCCUCGCCCGCCGCGCCCCGCCCGCCCUGCUGCCCGGCCUGGUGGCGCUGCUGACCCCGCCCCGGAGCAAAGCGCGCGCCGAAGACCCAACGCUGCGCCCGAGGGAGCCGAUGCCGGCCCACGUUCAGCAGGCAGCUGCUGCUAAAGCCGUCGGGGUAGAGGCUGAUGGCCUGUCCUAUUGCAGCAUAUUAGCCAAGGAGUCAGCAGAAGUGGCUGAAGAGCUGAUCCAGCUAAAAGUGGUGCACGGCCUGAUGGUUGCAGUGGGGAACCUGGAUUAUCCACUCAGCCAGAGAAAUGCCAGCAUCUCCCUGGAGUACUUUGUCCGCACAUACCCCUCUGUGGAGGAGCAUGUAAGGAAGGCAGUAGGACACAUGCUGUUCCAGCUCUUUAAGGACUGUCCUGAGACCUGGUACACAAAAAUAGAUCCAGUCCAGGCUGAAGAAUUGGCCUCCAAUCUAGUGGACAGCCCCAAAGACAUGACAAAGAUGCAAUCUGCAGAAGGCUUUGAUGGACUGCUCAACAUGGCUUCUUAUGCAGCAUGUUGA